CCCCCCCCAUCUCUCUUUUCCCCAGAAAUUGAACUAGACAAAUUUGGCAACUCUUUAUAUCUUCCUCUUCCCUUUCUUUUUUCAUACACCUAGACAUAUACAUACGCACAUAUACACUAUGGUAGGACACACGGCACAACAGUACGUCGAGAACCAUGAGAAUGCAGACCGCGUCUCACUCGUCUCAAACGGGCCUGCUACGGUCUCUGAUAACUUUGCGUUCGCUUUCGAUAUCGAUGGUGUUUUAUUGAGAGGAGGACAGCCUAUUCCGGAGGCCAUUGACGCUUUGAAAUACAUUAACGGGGAGAACCCUUAUUCGAUCAAGGUACCGUAUAUCUUCGUGACCAACGGCGGUGGCAAGACCGAACAAGAACGAUGCCUCGAUCUCAGCAAACAACUACAAUUGGAUAUCUCACCUGGCCAGUUCAUCUGUGGCCACACCCCAAUGCGUGAGAUGGCCGAUAAGUACCACACCGUGCUGGUCGUCGGCGGCGAAGGAGAGAAAUGUCGAAUUGUUGCAGAGGGAUACGGGUUCAAGGACGUGAUUACCCCCGGGGAUAUUAUCAAGACGAGGGACGACACCACACCGUUUCGCCGGUUAACCGAUGAUGAGUACAAAAACUCGCGGUUUCGAGACUUGAAAAACACUCAGAUCGAAGCUGUCUUUGUCUUUGCCGAUAGCCGGGAUUGGGCUGGUGAUCAGCAGAUCAUUCUUGACUGUUUGAUGAGUGUAAAUGGUCAUUUGGGCACUCGCUCGCAAACCGGCAACGAGGGUCCCCCCGUGUUCUUUUCCCACACCGAUGUUGUCUGGGCUACCUCUCAUGAACACUGCCGUCUUGGAAUGGGUGCCCUGCGGGCAUCCCUCGAAGCCGUCUACAAGGCCAUCACAGGCCGGGAAUUGUCGACCAUUGCUUUUGGAAAACCGCAGCUCGGUACGUACCACUUCGCCAUGCGUCUGCUGCAGCAGUGGCGGAAGGAUACCCACGGUAUCAACAAGCCCCCGCGCGCCGUUUACUUCGUCGGCGAUACCCCCGAGUCGGAUGUGCGUGGUACCAAUGAGUUCAAUGACGUUAGCGAAGCCGAGUGGGUGUCGCUUCUUGUGAAGACGGGUGUCUUUCAGGAUGGUGCUACGCCGCGGUAUCAGCCCGGUCAUACUUGCGAGAAUGUUCUCGAGGCGGUUAAAUAUGCUGUUGAGCGGGAGCAGGCUAAGAACAAGGACGAGGUUGAUGAUGUGGAUUCUGGGAUUGACUCGGAGUCUGCUUGUCUUCGCAACUAAGGCCUUUCUCUAUUUUUCUUUUUCUUUUCUUUUUGGUUAUUUUACACAUAUAUAUACAAUUCUUUGUAUAUAUGUUUACACAAGAUUCCCCGACAGACGCGCAUUUGGCAUCCGGAGUGUCGAUAAAUAUACUACGUCGUUCCAUGGCCUAUGACAUUGCUUUCUUGACGCGUUCUUGUUUAUAACUGUUUUAAGUGGAUAUACCAAGAUAACCCAUAGAGCAGUGACAACAAAACCAUACACAUACCCGAUCUAAUACCAAAUAACUAGUUCAUAUCUCUGUC